UGCAAUAGUUUUGACCCGCCGUGACGAAUGGACUUGCCCACACGGCCAAUCUCUCUUCAGCACCCCAGAGCUGUCUUGUCAGGUUUCGCUCCAGGUUUUGACGAAACAUUUCAUUCACUUUUCACAAAAAUGAGUGCAAUGGAGUUCUUGGCUCAAGAGAAGAUAUGGUUUGACAAGCCUCGCUACGAUGAGGCUGAACGAAAGUUCUAUGAGAGGAUGAAUGGCCCCACGCUACCUCCCCAGGACUCGGGUGCUAAUACUAUUCUUCAGGACAUUGCUAGAGCACGAGAGAACAUCCAGAAGUCUCUUGCUGGACUGAAGACGACCUUGCAGCCAACUGCAGGCUCUGCCCAUAAAUCCCCAACCCUUUCCCACAGCCUCACUACGGCAGGAGGCAGUGGUGCCGAACACGGGGAACUUCUCACACGCAUGAAGAAACUGGAACUGGAGAACCACAGUCUACAAAAAAUUGUUGAGGAGCUGCGUUCCGCUCUCUCUAACCUGGAGAGUCGAGUCUCAGUCCUGGAAAAAAGGCCAGCAACCCCAGCGGCAGUGGUUAAUGGAAUCGCUUCUUCUCAGAAGACUGCUCCUCCUACGCAGAAAACACCUCCUGCGCCAGCAGAUGACGAGGAUGAUGAUAUAGAUCUGUUCGGCAGCGACGAUGAGGUGGAUGAAGAAGCAGAGCGUCUCAAGGAGCAGCGGCUCCAGGAAUAUGCAGCCAAAAAGGCCAAAAAACCUGCAAUUAUCGCCAAAUCUUCCAUCUUGUUGGAUGUCAAGCCUUGGGAUGACGAGACCGACAUGGCGAAGAUGGAGGAGUGUGUGAGGUCGAUCCAGGUCGACGGCUUGCUCUGGGGUGCCUCCAAACUGGUACCGGUUGGUUACGGUAUUAAGAAGCUACAGAUCAAUUGUGUGGUUGAGGACGACAAGGUGGGAACAGACCUACUGGAGGAGGAGAUCACUAAGUUUGAAGACUAUGUCCAAAGUGUGGAUGUAGCAGCCUUCAAUAAGAUUUAAAGCACUAACAUACUUUUCAAUCAUGUCCACCUGCACUACACACACGCUAUUAAUGAAAUAAUAUUUGACAAUAAAGAGCCCUGACUUUAUUAUGGACUUUUUACGUUGUGCUUUUAACUGUAAAAUUAUGCGUACUGUACUCUUUAUAUUCCAGGAAACACAAAUAGUAAUGUACAAGAAAACAACAAAAACCCCAAAGCAACAAAAUGUGCAGCUGUAUUUGCAGUUCUGACUUUUACAAGAUGAGUUGCAAGAUCUGAAUGUGUAUUAAAGAUAUACGGAGUUAAAAUGUGCACACUGUAGAUGGUCCAGAUUGAUGAUGAUGUAGCAGUUCACAAUUUUUUUAUUUUUUUUUUAUGUGGAAAAGCUGAUGAUUGUAAUUGUAGAAGAAUCCAGAGAAUAGCUACAGUGCAUUACUGUUCUAAUUGUAGUGUAGUACACAACUUUUCCAAAAAAUAAAUAAAUAAACAGAACAUUUUGGACAGAAGUCCUUCAUCAGCUGGUCCCACCUGAACUUUUAUUUCAUCUACAAAUAUUUUUUAAUUGGAUUACUAGCAAACAAAUUGAGUAAUGCUGAAAAUAAAUACAGUCAAUACAAUAUUACUGAAAGGGAACGUGAUAGUCUCAUGUUAAUAUGAAGUAACGAUUGGUUUUGUCUUUGACUGAUUAAAUACCAAGCUCUGAUUUAAAAAAUAAAUAAAUAAAAAAUUUUCACUCAUUGUGUUUAUAUGAAAUAUACAGAUGUGAGUUUUUUUCCCCCCUAUUUUUAUUUCAAGUAAUGUUGCCCAAUGCUCUAAAGACCAGUGGAUAAAGCCUUAUUUAAUCUCAGAUCAUUACAGUUUUAGGAGAAUGUCAAGGGACUGUAUCUGCAUCAUACAUGUACACUUUGACCAUUCUGUAUUUAAACUCUGGAGAUAGAUUAAAUGACUUGCAGGAUGUUCUGUGAGUGUAUGUAAACCUACCUGUAUACGUAGCUUUCUCUGAGCCUGUUGUGCUAUUGCAAAAGAUCCAGCCAUGAUGCUCCAGCUUCAGCCGUAGACCCAAAAUCUGCACUUUCCCCAUGCCCCUGGGAUACAUAGAGAAACUAAAACAGAUCAACUAUACUCAGACGUGACUGAUGUUCUUUUUCUCUCAGGUACUGUCUUUUCCCAUUGUCGCUGUAACCAAUAAACUGUGUUGACUGUA